ACUCGCCGUUACGAUUUAGCGCCAUGAUUUUGGUAUCGCCUAAAACCGUAGCGUUGUGCAUCUCCAUGCUGAUCUCUGAUCCCACUCUUAUUUUCCUUCAUACGGUGGGAUUCAAGUUUUCAUCAUUAGUACUAGGAUUGUGGGGUAAAAAAAAGAAAAAAAAUGUCGCUGGACCAAACAGUAUGUGAAGACUUGAAGGCCUUCGAGAGACGGCUAACCGAGGUUAUUACCAGUCUUCAACCAUCGACACGUCGAUGGAGAAUCCUGCUUACAGUGCUCCUGGGAUUCAUCUCGGUUUGUACAGCAGUAGGAGCGUGGCAUUGGCUCACAGAUCCAAAUACAUCAGCAGUUUCCUUCACACAGAGUCUGUGUAAUCAUCCGUUCUUUACACUGGCCAGUAUCUUACUAGUGAUACUAUUUAUGAUGGGUGUACACAGAAGAGUUAUAGCACCAAGCAUAAUAACUCAACGUGCACGUAAUGUAUUGUGUGACUUCAAUAUGAGUUGUGACGAUACAGGGAAGUUAAUCCUGAAGCCAACGAGACCAACCCAUCCGCACGAAACGUAGAGAAAAUUCAUAGCUAUAACUAGUUUCCAAAACGUGUUCAUACUUGCCCACCAUAGUAUACAGAGAAUCUUGGAAUAAUGUAUGUCCUUAAUUUGUAUCGCAGAGUAGUGCGCAAGUAAUUAAUUCAGAGCAACACUUUUUGAAUUACGUAUUGCUUGUGUUACAACCGCGCGUAAAGAUAAGGAAUAAGUGUAAUGAGAAUAUCAUUCGCAUACAUUCAUUCCAAACAUUCUGUUCUAGCAAUAUCGAACCAUGCAGUUUGAUGACUAUGACAAUAGGCAAGUAAUUUUCAGUUACUGAUUUCCCAUAAGCCAGGUGAUGGAUACUGACAAAAGUCUGACCUCGUGUCCGCGUUUAUAUUGGCAGGUUCCAAAAAGAAGUGUUUUAGAAAAAAAUUAAUCAGCUUCGAUGCGUACUCUUUGGUGUGCUAAAGAAUAUUCUAUGCAGUCACAGUGAACUAGAAACAAGAACGUAAAAGUAAGAUUGCAUUCUCGAUUACGCGAAAUUAUUAACUCCGAAAAAAUGGAAUCCGAUUGGAAUUAUUCCAUAUUUCCAAAAUUGUUGCCGAUAGCUCUUGUCAAAGCGUGUUGCAGAACUACUCAAAGUGGCAUUGAGAAUUAUUUUACAAAUACUUAAAACGGUGCUUGAUAACCUAUGUGUGCGAUAAGUAUAUACUCGAUUUUUUCGAUUGUACAAUGAGAAGGACAAACGAUUGAUGAAGCCUGAGGGGCUGACUGUAAAUUUGUUAAUAUGUAUUUAAUUAAGUCGAAGCUACGCAGAUUAUGCCGAUACACAAUCUAGAAAAACUUAUACACAAUUGUAUUUAUUAUGAUAAAUGUAAUAUAGAUUUUGUUUACAAAUAA